AUGCAUUUGAACAAGGAUAACGAGCCCUGGUCUGGCUACGUCGUGCCUCUCUCCAUCCCCGAUCCCUCUCCGCGCACCCGCAAGAUCCUCAUUGUUGGUGCGGGUAUUGCCGGCAUAGCUAGUGCUCUGGCUCUAGUGAAGGAAUUGAAACCCCACGAACCUAACCUCCAGAUAACCAUUUUCGAGCGUCACGAUGUCCUUUCGACCUCCGGCGGUGCGAUCAAUCUCACUCCGGUCGCACAACGACAUCUCGACCGACUAGGCGUUCUCUCUGAACUCGAUCGUCAAGGUGCUGACGGUGGUGCCGAUGUCGAUGCAAUUGAACUCUUCUCAAGCCGCUCCGGCCGGCCGCUCGGCUCAAUUGAUUUUACUGAUGGCGAUGGUAACGGCAUAAACGGCUACAAGGGCCGUAGGGUGUUACGGAUUGUCCUCUCUCUGGCGAUGUUGGCCGUUAUCGAACGCCACCCGAACAUCCGCAUUGUAUACAGCAAAAAGCUUACAAGCGUCACGGAACACAACGACCAAGCCGUCCUGCACUUUGAAGACAGCACCUCCGCCGCAGGUGAUCUCGUCCUUGGAUGCGAUGGUGUCCACUCCGCCCUCCGCGCGCAAUAUGUUGACCCCAGCCGCCCGUCGGAAUAUACUGGCUUGUCAUUUCUCCAGACAACAAUGGCAACCCCUCCUCCCCCUCCCCCUCCGUCUGUGAGGACCAGUUUCAGCCGUCCCAGCACCAGUGCCAGCGAGGGCACACACGCCUCCAGCAAAAGCCGAAGCACUACCCGGAGCGUCAGCAACCUAUCUCACCCUUCCACCCAGGCUCUCUCUACCGAAGAAGCACAACAAACUAUGCAUCCGCCACCAUUCGCCACCAGCGGUCUGGCCCUUUCCCGCCAUGGCGACCUCCUCGGAAGCUUCUGUGACCGAAACCACUCAAUCCUCUUCCUCGCCGCCAUACUCCAGAUUAGCGAGUCACGGCUCCCACGGUACCGCAUUGACCCCCCUUCCCCAAAUACUCCAGACAUGGACCCCCGGAAGCGAGUCGCCAUCCACGCAGCCCUCCAAUCAGAGAUCCGUUCCCGCUUCGCAAACUCCGGGAACCCUUGGAUUCGGGACGUCGCUAACCUUAACACAAACUGGAUGCUUUAUCCUGUCUACCAAGUUAGACCAGGCGGCCGGUGGUGGAAGGGGCGAGUGAUUUUACUAGGUGAUGCAGCACAUGCAAUGCCACCCCGUGACGAAUCCGCCGCCUACGCCCUCGACGACUCCAUCAUGUUCUGCCGCAUCCUCGCCCACAACCGCGACGAGGACCUCCCCGUGGUCUUCUCCAAAUACGAGUCUGUCCGUCGGGCCCUCGUCGAAGACGCCUUCUCCGCCGCAAGGCGGAUGUGGGCGACGCAUCGCGACAUGGGGUUCCUGGAGGGCCGGUGGAAAGAGUGGACGAUGCCAUGGGUAUUGCGGAAGAGUCGGGAGACUAGAGACGCGGCGUGGAGGUUUGAUGCUUAUGAUAUUUAG